AAUUCCCCCAAGAAGGAACCUCCAAUUUACAUGGCCUCGCUCUCGGUUAUUUGCAAUUUGUUUUCCACUGCAAAAUUCAUGUACGUAAACCCCGUGUAAAUACAGCCUAUCCUCAAAUGCAUCCUUCGGGCAGCGCUUGCGAAUUUAAAAUUCCUCCUAGUUUCUAAGAGAUCUGUGACUGGAUUCGAUGACCACAAUUUGUACCACACGCGUUGCCAUCGAGUGUUCCACUUUAAGGUUUAAUUACGAUAAUAAAACAUGUGUUAGUUUGUUGAAAUGAAGCGGAGUUUUCGUUUGGGUCGUAGAAACCUCAAGUAAUCCUGUUUGUGUAGGCCUCCUUCUGAUUUCUUUCAUUUUCCCCGCUUUCGAUCCCCUUCGAAAUGUGAAACCCUCGAGAAAAACCAUUUCUUUUGUCAACAAAAUCCAGGUAGCGAAGGGUAAUCACAUUCCUGUUCGUCGCGUAGGUGGGAAAUUCAAUGGAAAAUCGAGUUUUUCUAUGGCCCAGCAGGUAGCGCUCACCCAGGAAUUCAGAGAAAUACAAGAUUCUAGCUCGAGAUGCAUUUAUAUUUCGAAAGAUUUUCGAGCUCUGUUGGUUAGUUGUCCUUAAACAUUUGAAGUGAACGGAAUGAUUGGCGUGUUUAUGCGUUUUCUCUGGUCGUUGGCCAUGAUGCAGUGCAUCCACGCUAGAGUGGCAAUGCGUCCACUGUUCUACGGCCAGGACAGUGCUAUUAUAGUGGACAUCAAUAGAAAAUUUCCACCCAGGCUGGACUCCAAACUACAGAAUGCCUUGUACUUCAACAUGCCGGUUUAUAAACUUAUUAAACCUAAUGUACCUACGACAACUACGACCACCACAGAGGCUCCAAGUUCUGACUAUCCAGCUGAUCUUCUGGAUAUAGCUCACAACAAGCUGGGCCUGAAAAAUAUACCCAGCAUUGAGGAGCUGGGCGCAAUGAUUGGCACGGAUAACGUGAGGGAAACCAUCGAUUAUGUACGCAAUUUGGCCGGUUCUGAAGAAGGUCUGGCGCUGAUGAAACAGUAUCUGGACACAUUGAACUUCGAGGAGGCGGCGGAGGAGGAGAAUGUGGCGGAGGUCAAGGAGGCGGCUGAUGACGAUGACGAAGAUGACAAUACCAUGGACAAUGCCAGCUAUUUUGAGAUGCCUCAGGAGAAGCCAACGACCGCAGCUCCCAGUUCUGAAGUAAGCCUAAUGAAGCGCAUCGGUGACCUUAUGGAGCAGUACAAUCCGUGGUCAGGUCAGGCCAUUACCACGCCAUCUCCUCCGUUUAUCGCUCCGCCAACCGGUGCGUUCCAACCCGUUUUUGUGGCUCCUCUAGCGAGGAGUACGAAGCAACCUAUGCGCCCCAUCUUGGUCAGGCAACCGCUGCCCUAUCACUAUCCCAUUCCGUUAAGACCAGUGGCUUUGCCCACCAUCAAGCCGAUUGAAGUGCCCCGCAGCAGCAGCACACCGGCACCCAAGCCACAUCUCAAUACGCCCAAAACGGCCGAGGAAGCGGUGGCGGUCACAUACUCAUCCUUGCCUCCACACGUCCAGCAGAUCGCCAAAAUGGCCAAUAUCCCGCUAGAGGUCGUAGAAAGCUUCCUGGAGCGGCAACCCAAGCUGGCGGAGCUGGCCAAGCGGUUGAGCACCCUGGCACUGAGCCCGGAACAAACCCAGGCCAUGAACUCCCAGGUGCUCAAGGCCGUCCAGAACGCACUGACCAAGAACGACGACCUCCAGCGACUGAUCGAGGCUUCCCAGGCCCUUAAGUAGGCCAAAUGUGCAACUAGUCUUAAUACCAUUUCAA